GUGGGUGUCUCCGGAGGCCAUGGGCUACCCCGAGGUAGAGCGCAGGGAACCUCUGCCCACGGCAGCGCCGCGGGAGCGGGGGAGCCAGGGCUGCGGCUGUCGCGGGGCCCCUGCCCGGGCGGGCGAAGGGAACAGCUGCCGGCUCUUCCUGGGUUUCUUUGGCCUCUCGCUGGCCCUCCACCUGCUGACGUUGUGCUGCUACCUAGAGUUGCGCUCCGAGUUGCGGCGGGAACGGGGAGCCGAGUCCCGCCUUGGCCCCAGCACCCCUGGCACCUCUGGCACCCUGAGCAGCCCCGGUGGCCUCGACCCUGACGGUCCCAUCACCCGCCACUUCGGGCAGCCAUCACCUCAGCAGCAGCCGCUGGAACCGGGAGAAACCACACUCCCCCCACACUCCCAGGACGGGCACCAGGUGAGGAUCAGGUCUUUCUUUUUACUACCUCAACAAAACUACAGUGAGGAGGAGAAGAGGAGAGAGAGAAGAAAUAAAAAAUCCAAGGUAUCAGAGGGUGCAGGUGGUCCAGUUAAAAACAAGAAAAAAGGAAAGAAGGCAGGACCUCCUGGGCCCAACGGCCCUCCGGGACCUCCAGGACCCCCAGGACCCCAGGGACCCCCAGGGAUUCCAGGAAUUCCUGGAAUUCCAGGAACAACUGUGAUGGGACCACCUGGCCCUCCAGGUCCCCCUGGUCCUCAGGGACCCCCUGGCCUACAGGGACCUUCCGGUGCUGCUGAUAAAGCUGGACCUCGAGAAAACCAGCCAGCUGUGGUGCAUCUGCAGGGCCAAGGGUCAGCAAUUCAAGUCAAGAAUGAUCUUUCAGGUGGAGUGCUCAAUGACUGGUCUCGCAUCACCAUGAACCCCAAGGUGUUUAAGCUACAUCCCCGCAGCGGGGAGCUGGAGGUACUGGUGGACGGCACCUACUUCAUCUAUAGUCAGGUAGAAGUCUAUUACAUCAACUUCACCGACUUUGCCAGCUAUGAGGUGGUGGUGGACGAGAAGCCCUUCCUGCAGUGUACCCGCAGCAUCGAGACGGGCAAGACCAACUACAACACUUGCUACACCGCGGGGGUCUGCCUGCUCAAAGCCCGGCAGAAGAUUGCCGUGAAGAUGGUGCAUGCCGACAUCUCUAUCAAUAUGAGCAAGCACACCACCUUCUUUGGGGCCAUCAGGCUGGGCGAGGCCCCUGCAUCCUAG